AAGUCGGUCUCUCCAAGUUUUCAAUUCCUUCGUUCUUAUCCUUAUUUACAUAAAUAAAUAAACAACCCAUUUUUUUCUAAAAUGGAAGCUUUGAUUCUCACCAUCUUUUCAUUUUUCUUUCCUAUUUUACCCCUCAAAUCAUCCCCAUCAUAAACCCCUCAAUUUCUCAAUAUUUUCUUUAAUUCUUGAAAUAAAAUGUUCACCGAAUCCUACAUGGACUCCUUAAACUUAAUCUCCGCCGACGAUUUCCGCCUCCGUAUCCCCCGUUUCAUGAACGUCCCCGGCGUCAUCGACGACGGCGGCGGUGAUCAAACGGCGUCGUUUACUCCCUCUGCUCGUCGUAUUAUUGUCUCAAACGAACUCCCCAUAAAAUCAAAUUUUGAUGAAGUGACUAAAAUAUGGCGGUUUAAUCUUGAUCAAGACAGUCUUGUUUUGCAGCUUAAAGAUGGGUUUGGUUCGAACACGGAGGUUUAUUACGUGGGUACUUUAAAAGGUGCUGACGUGGAAGUUAAAGAUCAAGAACUGGUUUCACAGUUUUUGUAUGAGAAUUAUAAAUGCGUGCCCGUGUUCUUGAAUCUUGAAAUGCAUACGAGGUUUUACCAUGGUUUUUGUAAGCAUUAUCUCUGGCCUUUGUUUCAUUACAUGUUACCUAUUACACCCAGCCACGGUGGCAGGUUUGACAGGACACAGUGGCAGUCCUACGUGGCAGCUAACAAGGUUUUUGCUGACAAAGUUAAGGAGGUUUUGAACCCAGAUGAGGAUUUUGUCUGGAUUCAUGAUUAUCAUCUCAUGGUGUUGCCUACUUUGCUGAGGAAAAAGUACCACAGGAUUAAAGUUGGGUUUUUUCUGCACAGUCCGUUCCCAUCUUCUGAGAUUUACAGGACAAUUCCUGUGCGUGAGGAGAUUCUGAGGGGGUUCUUGAAUUGUGAUCUUGUUGGGUUUCAUACGUUUGAUUAUGCUAGGCAUUUCUUGUCUUGUUGUAGUAGGAUGUUGGGUUUGAAUUACCAGUCGAAAAGGGGGCAUCUUGGGUUGGAUUACUUUGGUAGAACGGUUAGUGUUAAGAUUUUGCCUGUUGGGAUUCAUACGGGGCAGCUUGAGUCUGUUUUGAGCAUGGAGUCUACUGCUAAAAUGGCUAGAGAGUUGAAGGAGAGGUAUGAGGGUAAGAUUGUGAUUGUCGGUGUCGAUGAUUUGGAUAUGUUUAAGGGUAUUAGUUUGAAGUUUUUGGCAAUGGGUAGGCUUUUGGAAGAUAAUAAAAGGUUGAGAGGGAAAGUUGUGUUGGUGCAGAUUACUAAUCCUGCUAGGAGUCAAGGAAAAGAUGUGCAAGAUGUUGAAACUGAGGCUAAACUUGUUCUUGAACAGGUAAAUGAAUUGUAUGGUACUAAAGAUUAUCAGCCAAUUGUUUAUAUUAAUCGUCAUGUUAGUACCGAAGAGAAAGCAGCGUACUAUGCUAUAUCGGAAUGUUGUAUGGUUAGUGCUGUAAGAGAUGGGAUGAACUUGGUUUCUUAUAAGUAUACUGUUUGUAGAGAGGGGAGCCCUGUUUUAGAGGAUGAUGAGAAAUAUAAUCCGAGGAAGAGUGUUUUGAUUGUCUCAGAAUUCAUCGGUUGUUCGCCUUCUCUUAGCGGGGCUAUUCGUGUUAAUCCUUGGAAUGUGGAUGCUAUGGCUGAUGCUAUGUAUCAGGCUUGUGGAAUGAGGGAGGAAGAGAAGCAUUUGAGACAUGAGAAGCAUUAUAAGUACAUCAGCUCUCAUGAUGUUGCGUACUGGGCAAGGAGUUUCGAUCAAGACCUUCAACGAGCUUGUCAAGAUCAUUAUUCGAAAAGGUAUUGGGGCGUCGGAUAUGGUUUAGGAUUCAGAAUUGUCGCUUUGGGACCUAGCUUCAGGAAGCUUGCAAUGGAACCAAUUGUCAAAGCUUAUAAAGAAACAAAUAGCUGCAGGUUGAUCCUUCUUGACUAUGACGGUACAAUGAAGAGCUCGUGUUCUAUAGACAAAGCGCCUCGAAGCGAUGUUAUUUCGAUAUUGAAUUGCUUGUGUAGUGAUCCAAAGAAUGUUGUUUUCGUUGUGAGCGGUAGAGGAAAAGAUAGUUUAAGCAACUGGUUCUCUCCAUGUGAAAGAUUAGGUAUUUCAGCUGAACAUGGUUUCUUUACAAGGUGGACAAAGGAUUCUGAAUGGGAGAAAUGCUCAAUGGUGAUAGAUGAUGGUUGGAAAAAGAUUGCUGAACCUGUAAUGAAGUUGUAUACUGAGUCUACUGAUGGGUCUUUUAUAGAACACAAAGAAAGUGCACUUGUUUGGCACUAUAGAGAAGCUGAUUCUCAUUUUGGCUUAAGCCAGGCUAAAGAACUUCUUGAUCAUCUUGAAAAUGUUCUUGCUAAUGAACCUGUUGUUGUUAAAAGAGGCCAGGAGAUUGUUGAAGUUAAACCACAGGGAGUUAGCAAAGGCAUAGUAGUGGAAAACCUGAUAUCAACAAUGAGAAGUAAAGGGAAGUUACCAGAUUUCGUGUUGUGUAUCGGCGAUGAUCAUUCCGACGAAGAUAUGUUUGAGAGCAUAGCAAAUCAUGUAGACAAUCCAUCAACUCCUCCAAUAGCAGAAGUGUUUGCAUGCACAGUUGGUCAGAAACCAAGCAUGGCAAAAUACUAUCUUGAUGAUACUUCUGAAGUUAUCAACCUUCUUUCAGGCCUUGCUGAUUCUUCACAAGAAGAACCUAAGUAUGCAAUUCCAUAGCUGAAAUUUAGAGUUAUUUUUUGGUUAUAGAGUUUAGUGAGACAGUUAAAGUGUACAGAGAGAUAGAUUUUCUGUUUUUUGUUUUACUUUUACAGUUACAGGUCUAAUUGGAAAAGAACUCUAUACAAAAUAUAACAGAUUCUUUAUGUUCUUUUUCCCAUAAUUUUGGGGCAAAUGUCUUAUAAUGUCAUAAUACAAAGUUUUUGUCU